AUGAAACUUUCAGAUGAUCCUCCAAACUCACCUGAACCAUGCAGCUGUACUAAGGGCUCAAUGAUAUUCAAAGAACGCAUUCCACAGGAUGAGCUCAAGGAGAUGGCAAAGCGGCGAGCUAAGGAACUACAACAGCACAAAGUCAGGUAUUGCAUAGAUAAAUGAAUUCCAGAGUUAGGACUAAAAGAGACUGUUGCAGCUCCUUAAUUUUGGAACUGUCUCCCACUGGAACUGACAGCUGUGGAAGUUGUGGACAUUUUCAAAUACAGUUGAAGAUCCAUUUCUUUAGACUUGACUUUGUUACUGUUUAUGUCUUAUUGUUUCAUCCUUUUUACUUUGUAGUUGUGAGGCACUUUAAGGCUUGUUCCUUAUAGGUGUUAUAUAAAUCAACUUUACUUAUCUCAUGUCUUAUCACCUGUUCAUCCAUUUCCCCCAUUCCAGGACAACGUCAGUGUUAUCUGAACUGCUGUUUGCUGCACCUAACUCUCCUCUGAGGUAUCCUAUCCAGGGCUUUACAGUGCAGCCUUUGAUUGCUACAUCAAUACCAGGUACGUCAUUGACAUAAUACAGGUCAGACAACGUUUUUGUGUGCUUGUAUUUUGUUACACUACACAACAAAAUUAUGAACAGGGAAGUUUUUACAAAUGUGGCUUAGCUCUAUAGCUAUAAAGCAUCACAUGGUGAUCUGCAGUUAAGCUUUCAUUAAAAAAAGACCUUAAUUCAUUUUGGCUGAGUCUAUUACAAAUCAAUGCAAUGGGGUACACCAUUGUGUAGAAUCAGUAGAAACAUUAACAAACAUAUCAAUACAGGUAAACGUUAAGAUGGGAGGCUGGAUAUAUUGUACCACUUCAUAUAUUAUACCACCUCCUUGGUUAUUUUUCUUGAUUAUUUUGAUCUCAGAAACUACACUCUGUUAGUUACAGUUCAUGAAACCUUUCAAAUCUUCACUAAAGGUGAGUUAUCAAUGACAGUGGUUCUUUUGUUUUACAGGCCUGCAGCUGCAUGCAGGAAAAAGAAACAACUACCAGGUUGGUGUGAACUCAUGUCAUUGUUGUCAGCUCAUUGUCAUUCAAAUGUAUCUGAUAAAAUUUUGGCACAUACAUAUGUUGCUUAAUUGUAUGAGGUGGUUUCUGUUUAAUAUUUUAUCAAAAAUAAUGUAUCAUAUGAGUUUAGGAACACAAACCUCUUUUAAACUAGAGCGUUAACCUGUCAUAUGACUGCUGAAACUCUUUGCACAUGCCUCUUCUGUCACUACGAUAAAUGAACUGAGGAAUUGUUGUAAGUAUACAUUAUAGUUUCUUUGCGGGACUUUUGGUUUGUAUUGUUUUUAGCGCCCCCUUUGGACAAAGCAGAGUUUGCUCAUUUUCUCCUUUACAUACCUGAGUUUCAACCUGCUGUUUUUGACAGUCAAAUGUAUCAUGUAAAAAAAGGCUGUUGGGCUGACACCUACCCCCCUCGCACCGGUUUAGAGGUCAGAAACCAGGGUAUAAAAAUUGUCCACCUUUUUGCUCAAUGUCUUUAGAAACCAUUAAAGACACUGAUGUGAAUUUUAGUCUGUUUCAUAAACAUGAAAAAUUUCUCAUAGGAGCUUAAAACAGCUUAUAGAGAUUUUUGAAGUAUUGGCUGACAAGAACCUGAUAAAGAUGACCAGUAUCUGAAUCUCAACAUUAAUAUGAUUUUUAACUGUUAGUUACUUGUUCACUGCCGAACCAGUGUUGUCCUGUGGGCUGAGUCGCACCCAUUUCAGGUCAAGUUAACUGAAGACAAUAACAUUUCCUGUUUCUAUUUCUUUUGUAAAACAAAAUUGCUGUUCUAGUCAAUAAUAGAUGGUGCAAGCCUGGUCAUAUUAAGAUAGAAGACUGCAUCUGUAGCUCGGAUAUUGUUAUCCGUUGGACUCUGGCCAUAUUGUUUGCCUCAAGAGAUUUCAUCAUGGUGACUGUUUACACAAAUACAUCUCACCCCCAUAAAAUUUGAGACAUGAGAACCCAGACAAUUGAAUCUCCCCUCUGGGAUACAUAAAGUUGUUUCUCUUCUUCUUCUUAACAUACUAUAUCGGUGAGGUUGUGAGGUUACACUUUUUUUUUUAACUUAAUAAGCUUAAAUCAAGCAAAGUGUAAAGUCAGGCACAGCCUGUGUUGAUGUUAAGGAACAUUGAACUCUCCAUUAAAGAACAGAAAUACAAAUAUCAAUACAGAGCAUUAGGCAGAUAUGUUAGUUGCAUAUGAUUAUCUUAUUGAGGUGGGUCUAUUUUAGGUAACCUAAACUGUGUCCAAAGGGGUGCUCAUCACCACUGAGAUGCCAUCUGAAGGGAUGCUGCUGUCUGUCUGUUCCUCACCAAACAUUUGGAAAACACCUGUACUGGAUGUUGUUGAAGCAAGUAAAAAAUUGAGACUGAAAGUAUAUUAAAGUCAGGUACUGUCUCUGUAAUUGGAAGCUCCAGUCAAAACAAGAAACUCCAAAAACACAGACAAAGGAUAAACUGUGUCUCAAAUUUGCCCAGCAUCUUUGUGCACCAGUGCUCUUUGAGUUUGCAAAACAUUAUAGAAAAGUUAAACAAGAGGGGAUGACCUGGAUUAGCUGCUCAAGCAACACGUAGUGGUUAUGCAAAUGAAAAUUUCCUUCUCAUUACCCAGCUGCCAAUUAGAGAAGAAAUGCAGCUGAACAAUAUCCACAGCUAUGGGUGGUUUAUAUUUUGGUUGAAAUUUGGUUGAAUUAGUGGUUUGACACUGCCAACAACAGUUUAGGGUUUAUGUCAUCAGCUAGCUUCAACCUUAUUUCACCCUUCAUUGAGGCUGAACCUGGUAACUUUAGUGGCCUUGGAAAGUUCCCCAUGGUGUUGCCUAGAUUAUAAUCCACCUCAUGACAUUUCAUUGAUCUCAAAUAAGAGUUGUUAAUAUCAAGUAUCUGGUUGAUAAGACCUUUAGAAAGCUAGGUCCAGCCUAAAUGUCCUAAGCAUCUGUUUCUGAAAUUCUUCAUGGCCUACUGAGUGUAAUGGAAAUGCUGAUGGAGGGGCUUUGAAGUUUGAUGAUUCAAGAGUUGGUUUGUAGUUGUGUUGAAAAAUCUAUGAUUUAAAUAACAGGUGAUGGUCGGAGUAAGCUGACCAUUGAAGCAAACAGCCUGAUAAAGCUCAACUACAUGCUGGCCCGAGUGUCCUACACCAGUAAGAUCUACCACAUACACACCGGAGACCUUGGUAUGUGUCAAACACUUAAGACAAAAUAAAUUUAGUGUGAUGAAAAUGUUUUAUAAAAAUGAAAUAACAAAAUAUUCUGGUCAGGAAAGAUUCUGGUAGUUCUUUUUCUGAAGCUGUGGCGACUUCACAAAAAACUGGUGAUAACAUUUAUAGAGGUCAUGUGCCAGUCACAAUAACAUCUGUAGUCACCUUAGAUUAGUUUAUAAAAUGAGGACUGGCCGAGUGAAAUAAUACUUCAGUUCAGGGAAAAUGUAAGUUACAUUAUUUGAAAUCGGUUAGACCUCAAAUGAUUUAAUUGUGCUUGACAAAAAGUAGCCUAAAUAGUCGUGAAUAAUUAUGCACAAUAUAUGGAUGUAUUAUUAACCUGCCUCUGCCUUGUAUGGUAGAUACAGAGGGUUUUUUUUUUUAAUUCAUUUAACAAUAUUCAUGUGAGUUGUUUCUUUCGCUUUCACCAUUUCAGGAUUUCCUUAGCAACAGCCCUUUAUUGUUCUUUUUUUUUUCUCGCUAUUUAAGAAAUGUGUCCUAUCAUUCAGGUAGGCACCAAAGGUUUCUUUAUUACACUGAACUUGUUAAAGUAGGACCCGACUAACUUUUUAAUGUUCUUUACCCAGUGUAUUUCAAGUUUGAGAAACAUGAAGCUGUGUUUCCCAUCACAAUCAAACAACCUCAGCUGCCAGUCCUGUAUGACAUGGGAACAGGUAAGAGGUAAAAACUAGUGGUGAUCCGGAGAUAUAACCAUUCAAGCAUUUAUCUGGUUAGUAUCAGCUGUUUGUAGCACCUACUUCUCUCUAACUGUUGAAUUUACUUUUCCCUCAGAUAUCAACUCUCAUGUCACCAUCACUACAAAGACUUUCCUUCGCUAUCCAAAUCUUAAUACCCUGAUCAGAAGCAUCCGGAGUUUCUAUAGCAACAUAACAAUCAUCAUUGCUGAUGAUAGCUUUGAGACGCAGAAAAUCAAUGGAAAUAAUAUCCAACACUACAUUAUGCCUCCAGCGCAGGUAUUCAUCUACACAUGCACUGUAAUUCUUUUUCUUUUGUAGAAGAGAGACGGGACAAAACGAGGCUAAUGCUCUGAUCAUUAGAGUAGUAAGAGAAAGAUAAAAAGAAAAACUGAGAGAUGAAAAGCAACAAUGAGAACAGAAAAAAAAACAAAGUUUAAUGAUUUAAUCUUUCUGUUGUUGUUUCAAAUUAAUUGUUGUUACUGCAAUCAGGUUAUUCAGGGGGGUAAAAAAACAAUGAAUACUAUUGUUGUAUUAUUUAUAACUCUCUGGAUUGCAUUUUGGUCUGAAAUUAACUUUUCAUGAUAAGAGCACUGUUGACUACCCCAGGGCUGGUUCACUGGCAGGAAUCUGGCCAUCUCCCAGGUAACGACUAAGUACUUCCUGUGGGUGGAUGACGAUUUUGUGUUUACAAAAGACACAAAGAUAGAAGAGCUGGUGAGGAUCAUGGAGGCAAAUCCAGAGCUGGAUGUGGUGAGUAUAAAAUAGCUAAACUUCUAAAAGCAAACCAAUCUAGAGGGGAAGUAAGUUAUUAAAAGCCCUUUUUUACGGUGGCCUGGAAGUGCAAAACACAACCGCAAAAGAGAAAACACGACAGCAAAUCAAAACACAAACACAAAAGAGAAAACGCAAACACAAAAAAAGAAAACACGACAGCAAAUCAAAACACAAACACAAAAGAGAAAACACAAACACAAAAAAAGAAAACACGACAGCAAAUCAAAACACAAACACAAAAGAGAAAACACAAACACAAAAAAAGAAAACAUGACAGCAAAUCACAAAUGCAAACACAAAAAAGAAAACGCAACCGCAAAUCCCAAAACAGGACAGCAUCAUCGGUCUUCUUCUUCUUCGUUGUAGUUUAAUAGCGGUUUACUCCGCUGGGGGUGGAGUACUACUGCCACCUGCUGGAUGUCGGAACGGGAAAGUAA